AUGGAGUUUCUGGGAACCAGUCAGACGGCCAGUUACUGUGGCCCCAAGAAAGCCUGUGGCUUCAGUGCGCUGCCCCCGGCUGUGCCCGCCCCGGUGAUCCAGGAAUGUUACCAGCCGUAUUACCUGCCUGGGUACCGCUACCUCAACUCAUGGAGACCCAGCCUCUUUUACAAGAUCGCCAAUGCACAGACCUGCAUGGAUGAGGGGGCCACGAGCCGCAGCCCCCUGAGGCCGCCCACCAUCCUGCCGGCACUCCGCUCCGCCCUCUUCUGCCGCUACACCCCCCACGACUGGGACAGGUCCAACGAGCUGCAGAUGCGCGGGGCCGAGGCCUCUCGGCUGUGGGCCAGCCGGCUGACCGGCGACUCCAUGCGGCUCAUGCAGGACAAGGACCAGCUGACGCGCCAGAUGCAGGAGGGGACCAGCCGGAACCUGGGCCAGAGGCUGUCGGACAUCGGCUUCUGGAAGUCCGAGCUGGGCUACGAGCUGGAGAGGCUUCUGAAAGAGAACCACAGCUUGGACACGGUCAAGAGGCGGCUGGAGUGUGCUGCUGAGGAGCUCGACUGUCCCCUGCAGGUGGCUCUGGAGUGUCUGUACCAUCGAGAGAAAAGGAUCGGGAUCGACUUGGUCCAUGACAAUGUGGAGAAAAACCUUAUCCGGGAAGUAGAUUUGCUAAAAUGUUGCCAAGAACAGAUGAGAAAACUAGCUCAAAGAAUUGAUAUCCAGAUGCGGUAA